UGCUGCUGUGGUGCUGGCGUGACACAACUCGCACAGGAUCGGAACACGCCCUGCGCGUGCCAAAGAACCAGACUGCAGACUCUAACCGUCAACGAACUCCGGCAACCGAACGCCUUCUCUUCGAAGUGACGGUACUUCCUUCCACGAAACGACUCGACGGCAAGACUCCGGUUCGACCGCAAGAACAUAACCCUAAUCGCCUGAAAGCUCCGGCGGGGUGGUGGUGUCUCGAGCCGAAGCGUGCUCCCUUCCCGACCAAAAGAAAGCCUGACCAAGGGGCCCGAUGGAGGAGACAAAGAUUAGUGGUGAUAAUAACCCUGGCGCAGGGGGCACCGCGGCUGACCCCUCGUCCCCCUUCGCCCCCCACGCCGCCGGCUGCGCCCCUUCGUCUCGAGGCCCCGGACCGGCGACGGACAACAGCGAAGAGGAGAUCGCCCACCUCAUCAAGAAGUGCGACUGGUGCGCGGCCACAAAGGGCAAACUCCGGCAAUGCUUCAUGAAGGCACACGCGCAGGUCCUUCGCAGCGUGCGAGUUUCCCGGGACGGCGAGCACUUCGUGGGCCUCGCCACCGGAAAGGUGCUACCCCGGAAGAGCCAAGAGUUCAAGAAAUUCUACAUGCGGUUAAAGCCGGGGACGAUCUCGGAGGUGCCUUGGGCGGACCUGGCCGGCCUCUCCUCCAUCGCCCUCGCCGCCGGCACUGUCCUCGAGCGGCCGAGCCCCGCCAGGCCCGUCGCCAGCUGGCUCUGCGUCCCGGGCGCCUCGAACGUGGGCGAGGAGAUAGUCCCGGCUCGGGGCAGCGGCCGCGCACCUCGCGGGCCCCCUGAUGACGGCGACGGCGACGACGAUGAACCUUCGCGUCGGGUCGUGCGCCCCGGCUGGGUCUGGAUUCAAGAAGAUGAUAACGAGGACGAGGAUGGGAACGGCGGCGGCGGUAGCAGCGCGGUUGCUGCUGAAAGAGCGGGGGCAAGGGCGGCGGAGGAGAACGGGGGCGAAGGAGAAGCGGCGGCGGCAGCAGCGGCAGGAGCUGCGCCGUCAUCUUCGACCAAGCGCAAGAGGGCGGCGGAGGAGAACGGGGGCGAAGGAGAAGCGGCGGCGGCAGCAGCGGCAGGAGCUGCGCCGUCAUCUUCGACCAAGCGCAAGAGGGCGGCGGAGGAGAACGGGGGCGAAGGAGAAGCGGCGGCGGCAGCAGCGGCAGGAGCUGCGCCGUCAUCUUCGACCAAGCGCAAGAGGGCGGCGGAGGAGAACGGGGGCGAAGGAGAAGCGGCGGCGGCAGCAGCGGCAGGAGCUGCGCCGUCAUCUUCGACCAAGCGCAAGAGGGCGGCGGAGGAGAACGGGGGCGAAGGAGAAGCGGCGGCGGCAGCAGCGGCAGGAGCUGCGCCGUCAUCUUCGACCAAGCGCAAGAGGGCGGCGGAGGAGAACGGGGGCGAAGGAGAAGCGGCGGCGGCAGCAGCGGCAGGAGCUGCGCCGUCAUCUUCGACCAAGCGCAAGAGGGCGGCGGAGGAGAACGGGGGCGAAGGAGAAGCGGCGGCGGCAGCAGCGGCAGGAGCUGCGCCGUCAUCUUCGACCAAGCGCAAGAGGUCCUCGGCGGGAGGGCCUCGAGAGGAGGGGGGAGCGGGGGGGGGGACAGCGGCGGCGAAGCGCAGGAAGUCGCGCAGAUCGGGCGCCGGAGUGCGAGUCAGCCCUGUCGGGAGCGGCGGCAGGCUCGGGGAAGACGAUUCGGCGUGGGGGAACGGCGAGGCGAGGGGCUCAAGUGAAGGACCGCCCUCCAUGUCCGACUUGGCCACCAAGGACGAGGUGCAGCAGGCGUUGGCGUGGAAGCUGAGGGCUUGCGACGAGCGAGAGUCUGAGCUGAACGGUGUUAUUGCAAGUGCCAACGCUGCGCUGGAGGAGAACAACGACCGCCGGAAGGCAAGGAGGCGGCGGUCGCCGAGAGUGAGAAGCAGCUCCUGUCGAUCAUCGCGCAGCGAGAGGCCAAGGCGGCCCACUGGGAAAAGGCAAUUGGCGGCCCAAGCGAGGGCCGAGAACACAUCGGACAGGUUGAGUCUGCUCGCGCACAAAGAGCAGAGUGGGAACGAAGCCGCAGGGACAGGCACGACGGCUACGGCCGACGCGGGGGGCGCGCGGGCGAAAGGGACACAGGGAGCAGCAGCAGCAGCAGCAGCAGCAGCAGCAAUCGGAGAUUCUGAAUCCGGGGGGCCCCAGCACCAAGCGGCGCGGCUGUCACCGUCCGCGCAGCUGUCGCAGGCAGCGCAGGUGGCGACCGUGUCGGGUCUCUCGUGGUCCAUCGGAGCGAUGCAGGCGGCCAGGGUGGUGCAAGCGCGGGCGGCGGGGCAGGCGGCAAGCGAGGCGAGGGCCGCUGCGGCGGUGCAGGCGACACCCGGAGGGAAAGCAACGGUAGUCAUGCAGCCAGCGCAGCAGCAACCGGCACCGUCAGCCCAGCAGGUGGCAUCGGCCGAAGAAGCCGCGCCGCCAACCGCCGAAGCGUCACCUUUUGCGCCGCACGACUCCUCGGAUGCCGCGGAAAUGGAGCAAACGAACGAGGAGCAGCAGUCGGAGAUCAAAAGAAGGCUUGUGCUGGUGCAGGCGGAGAUUUCGCGGCUGGACAAGGAGGAAGCCGAGUCCGGUCGGGCGUCACCCGCCGCUGCCGAUGGUGUUGUAGAACAUCCUCCGGCGACAUUAGAAUCAUCAUCGUCACCAGCAGCAACGGCAGCAGCAACGACAACAGCCGCCGUGAUGGCACCAUCUUGGGAGCCGCCGCUGCUCCCCUCCUCCGGCAAAGGGGGGGCAGGCGGUGUGCAGCAGCAGCAGCGGCGGCACGGGCAACAAGAGGAGAGGGACGAGGGACAGAAAGAAGGGCUCGGCGAAGGGGCUCCAGCCGGGCGGUCUGCAGCAGCAGCAGCGGCGGCGGCGGCGGCGGCGGCGUCAGCAUCAGCACCGACACGGCUAGCGGCGCGACACAACGGGAGCAUGAACCAAUCAGGCCUCGCCACGAACAACAGUAGCAACAGCUUGGGCUUCGGGUUUUCGCAGCUGUUUCGCGCCAGCGGGUGAGAGUUGCUCGCCUCCCACCACGGCACCCCCGGCGAGCGCUCUGUUUCAACGGGGUGCAGACCGGGGCUUUCAGCCAAGGGCAGCGACCGGCCUGAGUGGAGUCUAUUUGGCAGCAUUGGCACCACAUUGUAAGGUAUCGGUCGCGUUGGUAUCACUCUGCAGUGGCCGUUGCGUUGAUAGCACUCUGUACCGCAGGUGUGUGCGCCGAGAUCACCCGGCUUUGUGUAGUGUGGGGAAAUAUAUGGUGCCAGGAAAGGGAGGGAGGGCGCGGCCACGAGUGGCCGUCGCUGCUGCUGGCGCAAGACGCGUGGCGCCGUGUGGAAAGUGGGAAGCAUUGUGGACAAGUCACCCGUCGGAGUAGUGGGUGAUAAUAAUGAGUAUCGGAGGUUCUAGCUACAGGAGGUCAAGGAGAGGAUCGCAAGGUAUACCGGCUGGGAAAUUUGGUCGCGCCUGUGUCCUGCAGCGGUUGUCAAGAGUGAGCAGAGUGCUCAGCACGAUGUUUUAGCUGCCGAGAGUCGAUGAAAGGUGGGUAGUGAAACUACAUGCAGAGCGUGCAGCCGUGUAUUUGACUGCCAUCAUUUGUCUGGGUGUGGGGGCGGGUUUCUGCUACUGCGCCAAUUGACCGAUGAGGUUUCAGGAAUUGUGAAACUUUCCAAGGUGCACCUGCCCCUAUUUUGGCCGUGGUGUGUUGAGUCUGCUCGCCCGGAGCGAGACGAAGGGCGGUAAUAUCCGCCCGCCCACCCGAUUUUUGUGUAGUGCAGGGAGCGGUUAUGAUGCCAGGAAAGGGGAGGCCGCGGCCACGAGUGGCCGCCGCUGAAGGGGAAGCUAUUUGACAAUUUCCCGACGACCGCUGUCCCUCGUGUUCAUGCUGAGAGUAGUCGCGAAAAGCGCAACGUGUUGCUGGCACAUCGUGAUGAUGCCCUUGUCAGUUUUGCGUCCAUGGUUGGACGAUCAUCUACAUGCACACAUUGCUUGGCUACCUUGGGGCCAUCGAUCCUCGUGGCUCAUUGCGUGUUUAUUGGAGCACUGUUUCGGGUUCUGUCUCGUGAGCUCCGCCACUGUAUUUGCUACGGACGGAUCUGAUGUGGGUUGGUUGGUUUGUAGUUGCGACAACAUCAUGGGCCGUCGUGCCGUCCGAUUAUCAAUUUUGUGUGGCUGCGGUGAGCCGUAAUCCAGCGUCCCACCGCGGUGGUGCCGGAUCGAUUUUUUUCAAACGUUGUUUCUUUUGCUCAAUGGUUGUAGCAUAGCUGACGAGCUGGUAUUUUGGAGGGAACAGGGCGUAGCAUCUAGCAUUGUUGGGGACUAGGCGAUAUCGUUGGUGAUGGAAUGGAGUCGACUCCUCCACCCGGCCGGUUGCUUUUUUUGCGUUCACGGGGCAAAGCCUCAAGUUUAUUUUUGUUCAAACACAUACACAACGUACG